AUGGUAGUGCACAGGAAUCAGAUACAUCGGUGUGAAUCCAUCAAGAUUGUGGCAAGCGUAUUUUUCGUAUGUCCCUUGCGUAACAGGUCAUGCAAGACCGCGGCCGGACUGGCAAGUCACCUUCGGGGUCAUGUACGAGAGAGAUGCGAGGUGGAGGGUGAACUUAUACAGAACAUACAAAUCAUUAUAUCUAUCUAUCUAUUUUUUUUCCUUCUAUCUAUCUAUUUAUCUAUCUAUCUAUCUAUCUAUCUAUCUAUUAAGAGUUCGACAGACGUCGGAAGUCAGCUAAGAACUUCUCUCUCUCUCUCUCUCUCUCUAUAUCUAUCUAUCUAUCUAUCUAUCACAAUUUACAGUCUUUUAAGGAAUUCCAAUAAAUUCGAUGUGAUACCCCGUGGUGAUGAGAAAUCGGUUCGAUAUGAUACCCCGUGUGUGUUUCUAUCUAUCUAUCUAUCUAUCUAUCUAUCUGAUCGAAUGAGGGGGAACAUAGGUGUAUGCAUAUUCCAUUAUAUCAUUAUCUAUCUAUCUAUCUAUCUAUCUAUCUAUCUAUCUCGACCGUUCCUAUCUAUCUAUUUAUGA